UCGGCCUUUUGACCAUAUCUUAGCAAAAUAUUUAAUCAGCAACGCAAUUAUCCAAACAUUCAAAUUAGUUAUUAAGAUUUUCAUGAACAUCUUCCAAGUGCCAUGCAAGGACGGCUUUUCCUAGCACAAACGAAAAAGAAAAGGACAAGAAGGCCGAAGACAAUCGAAUACAAAAUCCAAUGAAAAAAACCUCUAUAAAUGCUAGAAUGCAAACUGCAAAUAAUGCACUUCACCAUUAAGAUUGAGAAACACAUACUCAUUUAUUCUUCUUCUUCAUCUUCUUCCUAUAUCAUAUCCAUUUCGAUCGAGCUUCUCAAGCAUCCAUCAUGACUAACAACAUUGUUUUAUUAAGCCUGGUAGCCUUGUCUCUUGCCUUCCUGGCAUCCGCCUUCGAGCCUAGUCCAUUGCAAGAUUUUUGUGUAGCUGAUGCCACCACCCCAGCCAGAGUGAAUGGCCAACCAUGCAAGAACCCAUCAUCGGUGGGAGCUGCCGACUUCUCCUUCAGUGGACUCCAUAUUCCCGGAAACACCUCAAACCCUAAUGGCUCGAGGGUAACUCCGGUCAGUGUAGCCCAAUUGCCUGGCCUCAACACCCUCGGUAUCUCUAUGGUGCGUAUUGACUAUGCACCCUGGGGUAUCAACCCUCCGCAUACUCACCCAAGAGCCACUGAGAUCUUAACGGUUAUUGAGGGAUCGCUUCAGGUUGGGUUCAUCACAUCCAAUCCUGAUAACAACCUCAUCACGAAAACCCUUCAGAAGGGUGACGUUUUUGCCUUCCCAAUCGGGCUUGUUCACUUCCAGCGCAAUGUCGGAACUAAAGACGCUGUUGCCAUAGCCGCAUUGAGCAGCCAGAACCCUGGUGUCAUCACCAUUGCUAAUGCGGUUUUUGGGUCAGAGCCCAAAAUUAGUAGCGAUGUUCUCACCAAGGCCUUCCAGGUCGAACCGAGCAUCGUGCAGAAGCUCCAGGCCACAUUUUAGAGAGUUGCGAACUGGCUCCAAC